CGUGAGCGCGCGCGCAGGAGCGUCCCUGCAGCAGAGCAGAGGCGAGCAGAGCUGGGCAGCGCGUGCCCCGGAGCCGCGAGGAGCGAGCGAGCUUCGAGGAGCGUUCACGGAACCAGCGAAGAUGGACGGAGUGGGAUCGUUCGGAGCGGGCCGCGCCGGGUCCACUAUCGACCCUAUUAGCUUCGCCAAACAGCCGCAAACCAUCCUCAGAGCCUUGUCGUGGAUCUUCUCGCUGGUGGUGUUCGCUUCCAUCGUGAACGAGGGCUACGUCAACAUAGGCAGCGAGCGUCUCUAUUGCGUCUUCAACAAGAACGCCGACGCGUGCAACUACGGUGUGUUCGUGGGCCUGGUGGGCCUCCUGGCCUGCUCCUUCUUCCUGCUGCUCGACUACAAAUUCUCCUCCAUCAGCUCCGUCAAGGACCGCAAGAAGGCAGUCAUGCUUGAGAUCGGCUUCUCGGGUUUUUGGGCCUUCUUGUACUUUGUAAGUUUCUGCUUCCUGGCCAACCAGUGGUCUCGAACUACCACGGCUGAGCUGCCUCUCAACCAGGGCGCUGACGCAGCUCGGGCUGCAAUCGCCUUCUCUUUCUUCUCCAUCAUUACUUGGGCCGGUCUUACGGUGCGCGCGGUGCAGAAGUACCUGCUGGGCACUGACAUGACCCUGUUCACCUCAGAGCACUUGGACGGCGCAGCCCCCACCCAGCCGUUACCCUCCAACUCGCCGGAGGGAGGGGUCACCGCCGAGCCCUCAGACACCUACCAAAACCCUCCGUUUACAGAGAACAACGCAGCACCCACAUACCAGGUUCCCAUUUACUAGAGAUGAUACGUAGAAAAAGAUGAGGCGAGGGGAACUAAAAUACAAUCGCUCGCAGUCGUUGUGGGCUGAAUUUCCAAAGGUGGUACAAAAAAAAAAUCAAUCAAAUAAAAUUCAGCCGCUUUUCCUCCUUUUGUUUACGUGAACAUUCCAGCUUGAUCUGCACUUUUCUAGACUGUCAUGCAGAUUAGGAUAAAAUUGAUUUGAAAAAAAAAAGGUAAAGCAAACAAGAGGAGGAACCAUAAAUGAGGCCAUUUUGCUGUAUUCACACCCAAAAUCGGUGUGCUCAACUCGUAAGCAGUAUGACAAAAAGCACCUCCACUUCAAAUCGAAACUAUUCUCUCUCAUGGCAAACUGUUCAGAGGAAUGUUUUUAUUCAUUUCGUGUUCUCCUCCUUUUGCUGCAGUUAAACGGCGAUCAUGUGUAUUGAAUCUGCAUGUUUGCAAAUGUAGAGAUAGCAACUGAAGUGCCAUACUGUACUGAGAGUGACUUAACCGAGUAGAUUUCCACAUAUGCUGAACAUCAUCAUCACAACGACAAUGUUUUUUUGUGACUAAGUGCAAUAUCUUUCAUUCUCAUGCAGAUUGCUGUGUACUUUGCUGUACUGUGGUGUAAGUAGACUACUUUGUGGUGAAUAUAGAAAGUGAAACCAUAACCCUGGUCUAAUAUGUGGAUGGCUUUUUGAGAGAAAAAAAAAUGUGACCUAUAAUCCGUACAGAUGGGGAGCCCUUUCAAAUUUGAAUAAUCAAAAUGAUUUCUAAUGUAGAUGUAAGAUAGUAAAUGAUCUCUGUAUCAUGAGUUUGAGUUUUUUGAUAUUCAAAAUGAUUGACACAUACGAGUAUCCUACCUGUGCAUAGUCCCUGGAACAAAAUAUUUCAGAUUAUUGUCACGGUUAUAUGUCACAUUUGGGAAAAGUUCAUUCACGUUAUCACAGGUGUGUUGGCUUUCUAUACAUUCAUCAUCAAACCACUGGUAGGCUCUGCCUCAAAUGACACACUCGAUUCAGCUUCGAAUUGUACUACCAAAACUCAGGCAAAUUUGACUUGUAGAAUUUUGAUUCCAAUUCAAGCUUUAAACGAAUAUUUAUUUUCGACGUGCAUGUUAUGGUGAAAUGCAACAUAUUCCUCGCUAAUUGAGGUGGACUCCAGCCAAAUGUACGUGUAUCAAUUUCUGUACCAGGGAAUGUAGGUGGUGUGCCAUUUGAGACGGCGUCCUUGGUCGAAUCUUGUUUCGAGUGAGUCGGCGGAUUCGUUUGUACGCCAGGUGUGUUUCUGUUUACGUUUUAGAAAGCUGCCAAACUGCCCUUUUGUUCCUAUGAAUCUUCUUUUUGGAGACAUUACUGCUGUCUGUUUACGAGGACUCGCGAGAAAGGGCGGGCAGAGGAUGUCGUGUGGUCACACGCCAAAACUAUAAAUCUCCUUUGGGGUUCUGUUGCCAUGGUGAGAGGGAGGGAGGACGGCCGCCUAGGUGCAAGCGUGACAGUCGUGUGUAUGCUUGAGUGUGCGGAUGCAUGUUGUUGCGUUAAAAUUAUUUUCAAGAACAAGGUUUAGCACCGAGGAAGGACAUUGCUACACUAAUGAAUAGAUCUAUUCUACCAAAUCCGUUUAUUUUCUUCGCGCUUCAGACUUGCCUGUGCUGAAUUAGCAACAGCGCCCUCGGGUGGACACAGCUGGUAUGGCUGCAGAAGGACAACUAACACUUUUUAAAAAGUAAUCAUCAUAGGAAAAUGCAUGAUAGUAUUGUAUGAAACUAACAUUGUAAAGGUUCAACAGCCACGAAUGCAGCUGACAGGGUCCUCUAAUGUUUCACACAUUUUACUAAUAAUUAUCUUAGUUCCAAUGCGUAUGAACGCGCUACACCCCCCGCCCCAAAUAUUGCAUGAAGUCACUGUGUAAACUUCGGGCUGGUCUUCAGUGUUUCAUUUCCUGUGAGGCUCUGGGACGAUAAUGGGCCUUAGAGUCUUUGAGUGGCACGGUCUGCUGACCCUUUAUUCAAUUUCGACAUUGCUGAUGUCACAAUCACAUCAAUUGAGUCCCAAUGAAAGCAAGCAAUUUAUUCAACCGUGUGAGUCUUUUGUAACUUAAAUUAAGACCCGCGUGGGGAGAAAAUCAAAUUCAAAGGCAAUGUAGAAGCAGUAGCGCAAUGUCAAGUGGAGGCUGAUGGUCAGGUCAGGUUGUAUUGUUCUUUUUCUGUCAGUCAGUGUGGUAGACAAAAAAAAGAAAA